AUACGAUACGAUGAAAAUGAAUUAUUGGAUGAUGAAAGUGACCUUAUGAAUUCAUCCUCCUCAUACCAUUUUUUUAUUUUACCCGAAAUGGGUAUUAAUUGUCAAUUGGAAUCCAAAAUAAGUUUCAAUAAUGGUGAGGAGUGGUGCAGGAUUUGGAGUUCUGACGGCCAUAGUGGUGCUGGUUAUUAUAGGCCACCAUUACCAAAAGCUCAUAAAACCCACAAAGCGUAAUUCAACCAGAAGAUCAUGUCUUUCUUCAGACAAAAAGAAUAAAACGAAGAAGAAGGUCCAUUUUGCUUCAGACGUUGUGGAGGCUCGUGAUGGUAGUGGGGAAUACCGUGGGCGCUGGACUCCGGCCAAGACGGAUCAGAGACCACUCGGAAAACAUGCCGUUUUACAGUCAUUUGAGAAAGCAGAGCAAAACAUUCCGGCCAACAGAGUUGCACUGUACAGUGGAAUUCUCAGAUUUCGUGCACAACAAGCAUCCUUGUACUACUAACCCACUACUGUAAUUAUGUAGUUUGUAAAAUAAAUUGUUUCUGAAUUAGAUUAUGUUUGAGUUCUUUAUCGACAUUUCAGACCACAGACCACGUUAUGUGAUCUAUCAUCAAGAUAUAAGAUUAGAAAAUAUAGAUCAGAAACAUAGAUCCUUAGCAGAAAUAAAAUUCCAGAUUUUGUAAAGUAGUCAACUUUACAUACUGUGGUGUAUGGUUUUGAUUCUUUGAACAAAACAGUGCCUAAGUUGCUACUUUGUUCUAGGGAUUGUAUGGCAAUUAUACAAGUGGAAUUGUAUAUUAUUUAAGUAUAUAUAUGUGUGUUGGGGGUAUCAUUUCUAUCAA